AUCUUACGACCUAAAACCAUGAUUUUCCCCUGAUUAGUGACCUUCGGUGGCUUACCAGGGGAUCAGGGUAACUGAAUAAUAUGACGUCCGGUGAUAAAAUUGUCGCAAUCGAAAACGGUAACACAUCACAUCGUACCCCUGAACAACAGACAUACAGAGAAAAGCGUUUCGUCUCUCUCCAUACCUCGGUCGCAGGGUUGGAAGCUGAAGUAGCACAAAUGGAAGCUCAACUGGCCGAAACAAAGGCUAGAUUAAAGAGCGACCCUUCUACGACCGUGCAGCGACAUAUCACUCUUCUUCAUGAAUAUAAUGAAAUUAAAGAUAUUGGACAAGGCCUGACGGGUCUUAUUGCUGAUGCGCGUGGAGUGCGCCAGGUUGAAGUGCGGAGAGAAUAUGGGGUCGGUGAUGGGGAUUGAAUACUCCCUCUGAACUGUGGUUUUCUACGAAAUGAGUGUCAUCUUGAUGCUUUGGCAUUCGUUUAUUGAAAGCUGUAAUUCCAGAACGGUACAUUACAACUACCCUG